UAGAGAUGUAUUGAAAUAUCUAUGUUUAUUUUAUAUUAAUUGAACUCAUUUUGAUUAUUGACAAAUUUUUAUAUUGUGACUUGUGAGUCUUAUGACUCUUGUGGUGUACCAGUAUUUAUAAUUUCAACUACACAAAUAAUGGAUGAUUUUGGUGAUGAUUUAUUUGAUGAUUUUGAAAAACCAUCUGCCAGUUCUUUUUCUGCUGGAGUACAGAAAUUCAAUGAUGAUAAACACAAUUCUGAUGACAAUUMAACUUAUUUAAAUUUUUAUAAAUACAAUUUUAUUUGUUUCAGUGUUGAUGUAUCCGCUCCCAGAAUAAAAAUAUUUGCUGUAGAAUCUCUCGAUGGAGAGUCAUGUACACACGAAAUUGCUCUUCCAUUAAAUUUUGAUUAUAUACCAUUAAAUCGAGAUAUCAAUAAAAAACCAGCUAAAGUAUAUGAAUUUGAUUUAGAUCCUUUUCAGAAAGAAGCUAUUGUUUGUAUUGAAAAUAAUCAAUCUGUUCUUGUAUCAGCUCAUACUUCUGCUGGUAAAACUGUAGUUGCGGAGUAUAGUAUAGCUUUGUCCCUAAGAGAAUCAAAACGUGUAAUCUAUACCACACCUAUAAAAGCAUUAAGUAAUCAAAAAUAUCGUGAAUUUCAUGAAGAAUUUGUUGAUGUUGGUCUUAUCACGGGUGAUGUUACUAUUAAUCCGUCUGCUAGUUGUCUCAUCAUGACAACAGAAAAUGACAUGCAUAUUAAAGAUCCAGAGUUUGAUAAAGUUAUCGAUCAAAUUGAAAAAUUUGAAAGUAGAUUAUUUGCUCAUCCGUUACAUGAAAAAGAAGAUGUUGAUGAACUAUAUAAACAAUAUUUGGAAAAAGACAAAGUGGAUCGAGAACUUUUAAAAUUUAAAACUGAAUUAAAGAAAGCUAAAUCACUUAUGCAAAUGGAUGAUCUCAAAUGUAGAAAACGCAUAUUGAGGCGAAUGGGCUAUUGUACCGCCGGGGAAGUUAUAGAAACUAAAGGGAGAAUAGCAUGUGAAUUAAGCAGUGCUGAUGAAUUAUUAAUGACUGAAUUAAUGUUCAAUGGUGUUUUUAAUGAUUUAUCAGUGCCUCAGACUGUUGCAUUACUUAGUUGUUUUGUAUGUGAUGAAAAAAGUAACGAAUUGCCCGCAAAAACUGCUGAAUUAGCGGGACCUUUAAGAAAAAUGCAGGAACUUGCAAGAAAAAUAGCUAAAGUUUGUAAAGAUGCYAAAUUAGAUAUUGAAGAAGAUGCUUAUGUUGAAGGCUUUAAACCAUUUUUAAUGGAUGUUUGUUACGAGUGGUGUCGAGGCGCUACAUUCUAUCAAAUAUGUCAAAUGACUGAUAUAUUUGAAGGAAGUAUAAUACGAGCAAUGAGACGUUUAGAAGAAAUAUUGAGGCAAUUAAUCCAAGCAUCCAAAAGUAUUGGUAACACCGACCUUGAAAAUAAAUUCAGUGAAUCUGUUAAGAUUGUUAAAAGAGAUAUUGUAUUUGCAGCCAGUCUUUAUUUAUAAUAUUUUAGUAUAAAUAUUGUCCAUUUUUUAUUUUUUUUGUAUAUUUCUGAUGUCUGA